AUGCCCGUCCUCCUCUUCCCCCACGCCGCCUACUUCCUCCUCAAAGCCUACCGCCCCGUCAAGGACCCCCUUACAGACCGCAUCACCUACCAGCACGUCGGGCUCGAAUGGAUCAAAUGCGACCUCUAUGAUCCGGUGCAGAGAGAGCAUGCGCAUAAUUACUACCUUUCGUUGUGUUCCGAGGUGAGAAGAUUCGAUCGAUUCAUUUAUCCAUUUUACCUUACAGAGGAAGAAGAAGAAGAAGAUGAUGAUGAUGAUGAUGAUGAUGAUGAUGAUGAUUUUUGGUGGGCUGAUGUGGUUAUGCUGGCGAGCGAGUGGGCGGAUAUUCGGCACGCGAGGGAGGCGGAGGAGGAGGAGGAAGUGGAGAGGAAGAGGAUGAUCGACGCGUUGGUCGAGGAGAGUGAGGGCGUGGCGUGGAAUAUUGCGAAGGUGGAGAAGGGUUUGAGGAUUGCUGGGGGGAAGAAGACGGGGGAGGGGAUGGAUGUGGUGAGGGGUGAUUGA